CUCGAGCAAAAACUCAGGCUGGCACGGCGUAACCGUCUUCAUUUAUCACUCUGAGAGCGGCAAAUCAUUCCUGUACGUGCCUGCUUCGAGUGCUUUGAACGCUCGGGCAAGAAUAAGGCAGUGCAGAGCCUGCACACUGCAUUGAGCUGGCGUCGCAUACGUCGUCGCUGCGAUAAGCCAUGGCCCAAGCGACCUUCGCCCAGAAGGCCGCCAAGACGACGCUCUUCGGCGGUUUGGUCGGUGGCACGUUCUCGCUCGGCUGCUGGCAGACGCAGCGCUACGGCUGGAAGACGGAAUUACUGGAAAAGCGGCGCGAGAACCUGUUGAAGGCGCCGCUGCCGCUGCCGGCGGGCGCGACAACGUCAUCGCUCCCCCCGGACCUCGCGGAGCGCGGCCGCCGCGUCGUCGUGUCUGGCUCGUAUCUAGCAGAAAGGACCGUGAAGGUCGGGCCGCGGUCGCCGCCGCCCGGCCUCUUCGAGCGCGCGCCUGGUUUAGGAACGGGUCCGCAGGGCUUCACGAACAUCACGGUCCUGCGACGAAAAGACGGCUCCGAGGUGCUCGUGGAUAGGGGAUGGUCUCCUAGAGGUAUGGAAACGGCGUGUCCCACUACUACGUGUGAGGUAGUCGCUGUGAACUCGCCCGGCGAGACGAAGGGCACCUUCUCGCCCGAGAACACCGAUAAACACUGCCUCUGGGUCGACCUGCCGUUUCUGCGGAAGCGUUUAAAGGUUGCCGACGACGCUUUAUUGCUGUGCGCCUGCCCGAGCGACAGUAGAGAGGAAUGGCCUAAACCGCGCGCGCCCGAGCACCUCGUCACGGCGGCCGUGACGCCGCAGACGCACGCGGGCUACGCCGCGACGUGGUUCGCGCUCUCGGCGGCGGGCGCGGCGAUGUGUGUGUAUAUCUGAUUCUAGUUG